AUGGCGUCUCAUAUUUGGAGUAUUGUGACGAAGCGGGAUUCCCUCUGGGUCGAGUGGGUUCAUUCGUAUCGGCUUAAAGGAAAGAAUUUCUGGGUUUGUAAAGCAACAUCAAAUGCUACUUGGUCUUGGAGGAAGAUCAUUCAGAUGACGCAUAGUAUUCGAAAACAUGUUUGGUCCGAUGUAGGUAAUGGCCGCAACACUUCAGCUUGGUUUGAUCUUUGGAGUGAUUUAGGUCCUCUGGGUGAUUUUCUGUCGCCAAGGACUAUUACGGAUGCUGAUUUUCGGUUAGAUGACACCGUUUUCAAUAUUUACUCUAACGGAACUUGGAUUUGGCCGCUAGCGUGGAGGAAUCUUUUCCCUGUUCUUAUUCAGAUGGAUCACUUUCACUUAAAUCCGACAAAAUCUGACCGUUUGCUAUGGAAAGAUGGUAGUGACUGUCAGGAUUUUUCAUCGUCUGCAGUGUGGCACUCGAUUCGGCAUAGAGAAGCUGAGGUGGAUUGGAGUGGUAUUGUUUGGUUUGCGCAAUGUAUACCUAGGCACGCGUUUAUGAUGUGGCUGAUUAUGAAGAGAAAGCUUCUUACUCAAGACAGAAUUCUGCAGUGGGAUCUUUCAAGGCGAAAAAACAUGAAUAUGAUGUGCUGUUUAUUGUGCUAUGAGAAUUAUGAUUCUCAUCAUCAUCUAUUCUUUGAGUGUAAAUUUUCAGAUGAAGUUUGGAAUAUGAUUCGAGGUAAAGUGGGGAUGGCGGCCGUGAGGUCGAGAUGGGUGGAUAUCAUCGAAUGGUUAUGUGCUCGUCUUCGAUCAAAGAGAGUUGAGGUUUAUGUUGCAAAGAUUCUAGUUGCGGCUGCUGCGUAUACUAUUUGGCAAGAGCGAAAUGCUAGAUUAUUUAGAAACCAACUACGUCCACCCGAAAUGGUAAAAGAUACUAUUCUAAAAACUGUGAGAUACAAGUUGAUGGGAGCUAAGCUAAAGAACAACGCUAGGGUGCGGAAGCUGCUUGGGGAUUGGGAGAUUGAAACCGAAACUAAAGAUGAUGGAGGCUAA